UCCACUUGCCUCCCUGUACCUCCAACCUCCGUCCCAAGCCCCAGAGUCCCUAUAAAGAGGGACUCUCAGCUCAGAUCAGCACAGGACCACAGCGAGGCUCUGAAGCUUCUGAGCUCUGCAAUCUCAACUCUGUGCAGCCUUCUCCUCCACCAAGACCAUGAAGUUCUACGUGACAGUCCUUUCUCUCCUUGUGCUUGGGGCUGCCUUCUGCACUCCAGGUCUCUCAGCACCAAUGGGCUCAGACCCUCCUACGGCCUGCUGUUUCUCUUAUACUCUGCGGAAGAUUCCUCGUACCUUUGUGAUGGAUUACUAUGAGACCAGCAGCCUCUGCUCCCAGCCAGCCGUGGUGUUCCAAACCAAAAAGGGCAGGCAAGUGUGUGCCAACCCCAAUGACACCUGGGUGCAGGAAUACGUGGAUGACUUGGAACUGAACUGAACUUGCUGCAGGAUGGGGAUUCGGAACAUCUUUAGGGAAUGUCACCGGAGCCCAGAUAGUUCUCAGUGAGAACCACCUUAUCCUCCAGACCCACAGUGCCUCUCGGUAGUUCCUGGCCCUCAUCUUUACUGUAUGCCUUGUUAUUGUAUUUGGUGUUAUUCCUAGUAUUUAUGUUUGCUCAAAGGACAUGUAUCCCCCAUGGGGAUGGUCUAUCAUACUGUUUCUCUGCCAUUGUGGAUACAUAGUUGAUGCAGUUGAUUUCAUGCAUUUUGA